GAGGAUGUGCCUAUGGAAAGCGUAGAGGCAACCCGGACAGAGGCGCCCGCUGGAGGGUCGACCCAGGACCGCCUCAUCCAGCCCUUCGAUGUGGACCAGCCUGCAUCCUAUGAGCUCACUGCAAUACAGGCUGGUGUGGACGCUCGCGACCCAGCUCAGAUGCAGACCUGGCUUCAGGGCCCGAUUACUACUCGCCAGGAAGUGCUCGAAACGGUGAGAGCGUAUCAUACCGGGGUGAUACGCACCGAAAUCCAGCAAAUGGUCAUGCAGGUGGAGACCGUUGUGAAAGGCCUCAACGAUCGUCUACUUCGUCAACACGAACACCUCCGCUGGCUGACCACCGAAAGCAGGAUGGACCAGAAGAAGUUGUGCGGAGUUCAAGUGCUCCUCAACGGGUUCGAUGCCAAGAUGGGCCCAGAGGAGAGACUCUACAUGAUCAGCUGGAUGUUUGAGCAAGUGGAGUAUUUUCCCUCCUACCUCAAGCUUCUUGCCUACGACACGGAGUCCCCCACUGCCAACUACGUGUUCCUCAACGCUCAGGCAUUUGCACGCAUGCAUUACUUCGAGGAAGCAGGCGAGCUUAAGGGCUUCCUUGAAGUUGUGCCAGAACUUUCCAAAGCCAUGAAGGCUACUCCUCCCAUUGGCACAACC